CUCUUUUUAGCUCAGUGAAGGUUGACGUGGUCGCGCCUUUAUUACAGUAAUUUUGUGAAAGAGAUUGAAUUUGUUUAGAGUCAAAACUCUCAUUUAAUUUAUAAUAAUCAUUAGUUGGUCAGAGAAACUAACAAAAUGGGUACUCCUGACAGGGAUAACUACGAAAUGGCUCCUCAAUCUGACCGAGAUGUAGAAAAGCAAAAGCAAGUUGAAGAAGAAGAAGCUGGAUGGACAGGCCUUGGCAAGGAAGAGCUUCUACAAGUUGCUGAUACACCAGCCUGGAACUGGACAAGAAAUGUACUUCUUGUCCUGUUUUGGGUGACAUGGGUGGCAAUGCUUAUUGCUGCCAUCUGGAUUGUCGUUACAGUCCCACGUUGUCCUGAUGUAGAAUGGUGGGAGAAAAAUGUGGUGUACCAAGUUUCGCCACGUUCAUUUUAUGAUACUGACGGUGAUGGCGUUGGCGACCUGAAAGGACUGAACAAGAAAAUUUCCUACUUGGAAGAAUUGAAAGUGAAAAUUCUCUACAUAAAUUCAAUAUUUUCACAAGCGAACAACUCUGUUGGCCAUCCAGGAAACCACAUUGUAGACUUCAAGGGCAUCGAUACCAGUCUUGGCACCAAAGAAGAUUUUCAAAAACUGAUGACUACAGCAACUGAGAGUUCAAUCAAGGUGAUACUGGAAUUCAUUCCUAACCACUCCAGCGACCAGCACCCUUGGUUCUUGGAUUCCAAGGCAAAUGCAACUGGACCGAAGGCCAACUACUACAUAUGGAGCGAAUAUCAAGGGCCAGAGGUUAUGGAGGAUAAUAAUCCAGCCUGGACUAAGGUCGAAGGUCGUGGAUGGUACUACCAUAGCAAGGAUCCUUCUCUUCCAGAUUUCAACUACAAAAGCGAGGAUCUUCGAAAAGACAUCACUGAGGCCAUGGGUUACUGGUUGAAGGAGUUUGGCGUUGAUGGUAUGGUGAUAACUAACGUCAAUUCGGUAGUUGAUUAUGGAAUAGUCAGCGAAAGCAGAAAGCGUCGUCAGUCAACCAACGACACUACAGCUGCACCAGCUGCUGACCUCACUCAAGCCAUGCCUGCUACUACUGAUGCCAUGCCUGCUCCAGUUGCUACAACUGAUGCCAUGCCUGAAUCAAAAACCACCAUGGGCGCUACUGAACCAUUUGCAGAGCCUGGGCCAACCUAUGUAAUACAUGAGGAAGACAAGAUGCUGCAGGAAUACAUUAAACAGUGGAGAUCAGUCUUCGUUGACAACUCCUACCUUGGAAAAUACAGGCUGCUAGUAACAUCUGGUGCAGAUUCAAUCGAUAGUGCUGUUGUUCAGUACGGUAAUAAGGGACAACGAUUGGCGGACUUCCCUCUUAACACCCUGUUCCCCGAUGUUAUAACUGGUGAACCAAAUGGAGAGAUGGUUGCAGAAGCAAUUACUGAUUGGAUUGAAGCCAAAAAGAAGGUUGAUGAAGAUACUUACAAACGAUGGGAUAGUUGGAUGGUGAGCAACAACGAUAUCUGGCGUGUAGCAUCGCGCUGUAGCUCUGAUCUCGUGAACGUUAUGAACACCAUGGUACUGACGCUCCCUGGUACACCAAUCAUCAUGUAUGGUCAAGAACUCGGAAUGCAGAAUAACAACGCUUCCGAAGACCAGCAACUUGCUCCAAUGUCUUGGGAUAAGACAAAGAAUGCAAAUUUCAGUAAAGGUGAACCAUGGACGUCGCUGUCUGAUAAUUGGGAAUCUAACAAUGUAAAGGUUCUGUCCGAUAAAGACAAAAAAGAUUCAGAAUUGAACAUUUUCAAGUCUUUAGUAGACAUACAUCUGGAACCACCAGUUUCAGCAGGUUUUUUUGAUAUUAUCAAAAAAUCUAGUGGCGUUCUGGCGUACCUUAGGCGUCUGGAGGAUUGGCCAACUUACUUGGUGGUUAUCAACUUCAGCAAUUCAGUUGAACAAUUAGAGUUCCCUUCGGAUAGAGUUCAACCCGAAGCCGAGGUCGUUCUCAGUACCGAUGGCUCUUUUGAAGGGGACCUUAACCCACAAAAGAUUAAGAUGAAGGGAAAAUCAGCGGUCGUCUUCAAGUACAAAGCACUUCAGUAAGCCAUGUUAUUUGGCAUUGAAAUAUUUUAAUAAUAUUAUGCUAAGUGUUGAACGGAAAAAUGUAAUUGCAUCAGAAAAAAUUACUUUCAGAGCUUGUUGCUACACACUAUCUUCAACAUCUGAAAUAUCUUUCAUUUUCAGCCCAUAAAACAGGAUUUCUUAAUAUAUUUAUUUGGAAAAUUGAAUUUCUUUUUUGCUGUGCUUAAAAUUUGUGUGGUUAAAAUUAGUGUUAUGAAGUAAACCAACUUUAAAAUGUAAAAGCUAUAGAAUAUACAAAUUUGAUUUUUGUAAUGAAAAAAAAAAAACUGCCCUCUUGCCAUCUCUAAACAUAAGCAAAUGUGAAAUUCAUUGUUGGGAGACAAGCAUGUGUACUAAUAUAAGUCUAGGUUUAUUUUCUUUUUUGGUGUUUAAUAGUUUUUCAGUCUGGUUGCACCAAUUUAUUGGAGAACAACAGAACUGGCUAUGUGUAAGCAAGCAAUAUAAACCCAAUUCAUAAAUAUAUUAACAAAUAUAAUCAAUGACAGCAAUACAGAUAAAAGUAAUAAUAUUUAUUAUUGUCUCUUAGCUGAAUCGAUAAUGAACUUGAUAAUGAGAGGUAGAAAACUUGACCUGUUGCUGUGUGAAAUUUCCAGUGCAGUGCUAAUUCAGUUGAUUAGUUGUAAUCUGUCAGGUCCAUUAUCGUUUCGGUGAUGAGAGAUUGAUCUAGCAAUACUGGCAAGUCUUGUCUCCCCGUGUGAGUUUGUAGGUAUCGUCCUUGCCCCUCCUUGUUAACUAUCUUGUAAGUGUAGCCUGUAUCUUCUUAAAUAUGGUAUAGUGCCCUCUGUUGGUUGAUUGAUGCUUGCAAGUUAAUAAAACAAUGCUCUGAAAGUACUAA